UUUGAAUAAACUUCACGACCCUAAUUUAGCUCCAUAAAUUUUUUUCAGUGGGAUGUUAAAAUUUAGGGAAUAUUAAAAGACAUAAAAAAAACAUAGUUUCCAACUUAAAGACAGAAAAAAAAAGAUCAAAUUUUUUCUGCGGUGAAGAAAAUGCAUCAAAAACCUGCAUUUUUAGGUGGUUCUGUUCUGGACAAUCAAUUUAUAACAUAAAAUUUGCUUAAACCAGCAUCUGUUAGUAAGUUUAUAUAAAAUAUAUUUAUAUUAUUUAACUAAAUCACAGUUAUUAAGAGCCACUGCAGAACAUCCAAAGAGCCACAUGUGGCUCCGGAGCCGCAGGUUGAACACCCUUGGUACAGAUGAUGAAUGGAUUAGUGAGUGAAUGGUGUUUCUGUGUGUCUCUGAUACAGAAGGCGGUUUAGCUGCCAGCUGAAAUGGGAGAAUGGGACCUACUGGGCCGGCUGCUGGAGAAAGUGCAGAGCCACUCCACCGUGAUCGGGAAAGUCUGGCUCAUGGUUCUGUUUAUUUUCCGGAUCAUGGUCCUGCAAACCGCCGCUGAAAAGGUUUGGGGCGACGAACAGUCCGACUUCAUCUGUAACACUCAGCAGCCGGGAUGCGAGAACGUCUGCUACGACGUCGCCUUUCCCAUCUCUCACGUCCGCUUCUGGGUCCUUCAGAUCAUCGCUUUGGCAACCCCAAAGCUGCUGUACCUCGGCCAUGUCCUCCAUGUGAUUCACAUUGAAAAGAAGAUGAAGGAAAGGAUGAAGAACCAGGCAGAGCUGGACGACAAAGUGAGUCUCUUCCUCAGGAGGACCUUCAAGGUUCCCAAGUACACAAAAAGCAGUGGGAAGAUCAGCAUCCGUGGUCGCCUCCUCCGCAGUUAUGUCCUGCAUCUCAUUGCCAAGAUUGUUCUGGAAGCCCUGUUCAUUGUGGGUCAGUACUUUCUGUAUGGUUUCACCCUUGAGCCCCGGUACGUGUGCUCCCGCUCCCCAUGCCCUCACAAGGUGGACUGCUUCCUGUCCCGACCGACGGAGAAAUCCGUCAUCAUCUGGUUCAUGCUGGUGGCGGCCGUGGUCUCGCUCGCCCUCAGCGUCGCCGAGCUGCUCUACCUGCUCGUGAAGGCGGUGAAGGAAUGCGCGGCCAGACGGCAGGACUACACCGUCACCCCGGUGACGCCCCCGAGGUCGAAGAAGAAAGUUUUUCAGAAGCAAAGCGAGGUGAUCCAGAAUUGUGUGAACCUGGAUUUGGAGCUGCAGGGGAGGAAGUCAGGGAUGAACGGGACGGUAGGCGCUGUAGACGUGGCGACGGAGAGCAGCAUUGGGGAGGUCCACAUCUGAGCCAUCAAUCUGCGUUUUGUUUGCAUCGGCAGAAAGGGAAGUCUUGGUGAAGUAAAUAAAGUGGGGAUGGAGAUCACCAUCUUCCUUUCACAGAACAAAGUUACACAGAAUUACUUAAAUGAGUAAAAAUGAAACUAAAAGCUUCAUUAUUUUAAAGGGGAUCUAUUAUGCUUCCUUGAACAAGUUGGAAUGGGUCUCCAUGGUCUGUACCAAACAUGUUUGUUUACAUACGCAAAUUAUUCUUAGAUAAUAAAAUUUUAGCUUGGUCACUUCUGCCUAUUUUUAGCUCCUUUCAGAAUGAGCUGUUUUAGGGCUCUGUCUCUUUAAAUCCAGACAAUCUGCUGCUGGCCACGCCCCCCCAUCUCUACGUUUACACUCGCACGUGAAAAUGGCUGCAAACAGAGGCGCAACUAUAAAACCGUACAUCUUCAAUCCUGAGUCCAAACUAAACACUUGUCUUUUCCAAACAUGCUGGAGUUCUACUUGGUUGCUAGGUAACGGGGCUGGGCUCAGCUGGGGUUGCUAGGUAACGGCAAAGUGACUCAAGGUUGUGACUUAAUAAUUGUAAAGUUUUUGAAACGGCUCAUUUUCCAUGCAUCAAAAAACUUAUUGCCAGAAAAUGGCUGUUUUUUUUAAAGAACUUUGUUUUUAGAAGCAGUAGAGACCCAAACGGAAGUGAAUUUUUCAUAAUAGGUCCCUUUUAAUACAAAGAUCGUUUUUGUGGAUAUUAAUAAUUUUUAUAUUAGAAGUCUACAAUUUUACAAUACAUAGGUUUUAAAGAAUAUUUUUAGUGUUGCAUGUAUUGUUUUUAACUAGUCAAUUAAUCGCUAACUGAAGUAUACAGACUAAUGAAAAUACAUAUAUAUAUAUAUUACAUUUGAGAUAAAAACACCUUUUUCUGUCAAAAUGUUUAACUCAAAACUCUUCACAUGGCCUAGUUUUAGCUUCAACUGGCUCAAAUUCCUUAAAGAAAAGUUAUAUUGUUGCAUUUUAGGCAACAAAAUGUUUAUUUUAUUAUUUUAAAAGAGAAGUGAACUGUUUAUUUGCAUUCUUUUAUUGUAUUUCUAAUAUUGUAUGAAAAGAGCUUAAGAGGUAACAUUAUAAAUUUGUAGGAUGUGCCAAUUUCUCUUAUCGGAUUAAUCGAUUACUAACAGUUAAUCGAUAUAAACCGUUAGUAUAAAGCUAGUAUUUUUCUUACUAGCUAUACAGUAAAAAAAUAUAGUUUGUCUUCCGAAAGAUGAACUUUUGUUGAAUAUUUUAGAUGUUUGCCUUUCAAUAAGUUUGUCUUUUUCUUAAAACUUUUUCUGUGAUGAGUUAAAGUUGCCUGGGUUUGUCAUACCAAGAAAAGUUUCCGGUUUUGAAAAAAAACAGUUUUUCUUAAUCUGUAUGUUAUUUUUGUUCUGUUUCCCCAGUAAAUUGUGCCUGUAUAUUUCAUCACCACACAUUAGUCAUCCCUCUCCCUGCAGUCAUGCGGUUCCUCUUUUCAUGCUGGUUUAGCAGUUUUUCUUUGCCAGUCAGUUUGGGCACACAGUGAGUUCUGGAUUCUGUUGAGUAAUAAAGACUUUUACUUCUCUAA